AUGAAUCCGUCUUUCAAACCACAAAAUACAAAACUUGCUGCGACAAAACGUAUUAUAAGAGAUUUGAAAGAUCUCGAUAAAGUUCCAAUACCUGGACUUGGUGUUUGUUGUCCAGAUGAAUCGAAUCCUUUUCUUUUACAUUGUAACGUAUUGAUCAAUGAUGGACCCUAUUGUGGAAUUAUGAUACAUUUAAUUCUUCAUAUUCCAGAAGACUAUCCAUUGACAGGUCCAGCUGGAAAUAUUGCACCUGGAUUAAAAUUUGAUUCUAGAUAUCAUGCUCAUAUUCAUGAAGAUCACAGAAAUGGUCAUGCUUUGUGCAAUGAUUUACUAACGAACUAUGCGGAAUAUUUCCGUUCAGUCGAUGGAGGUAGUAUCAAACAGGCUACUGGUUGGAGUCCUGGUUAUACUUUAUCAACUGCUCUUCUUCAAAUUGUUACAUUUUUUGCAGAUCCUGAUUUAAGAUUUACACCUUCUUCAAAUAGUAUUGAUCAUCUUUGGAAUAUGGUGAAAAAUUUUACAUGUGAAACAUGUGGUCAUUCUUAUGCUAAGCCAAAUCCAGUUAUAGUCGAUUAUACCGAAACAAUAUCAAAUAAACAACAAGCAGAAGAAGAAGAACGAUUGAAAUCUGAACGUGAACUAGUCGAAAAAUUAACUUGUGGUGUAACAAAACAAAAUGUUAUUGAAGAUAACAUUUGCUUGGGCUAUCCAAUAUUGUUCAAACGUGAUAAUUAUAAUCGUUUAUCGUCUGAAAUCAUUUUGGAAUUGAUCUCCUACGAUGCAUAUGUUGCAGAAAUACAGAAAUCAGGUGGAGAUAAAUUAGAUUUUUAUGAAAAUUUCAAAUUUCGUUCGGUUACAGGAGCAGAUUACAAUUAUUGGUUACCAUUGUAUAUUAAUUCUAAGCAUUUUCAACAAGGACAAAUGAUUAUUGAAAAUAGUAUUAGUGUUAUUUAUAAUGGUAGUGCUCAGGGUGUUGAAAAAUAUGAUUUUGUUCCACAUAUGGCAUUGGAUGUAUUGACUAAAUUAAUGAAUAAGUCUGCUGUUCGAUUAUUUAAUGGCGAAUUAUUUGAAUCAAAACGAGCGAUAGAAGCUUAUUGUCAUUUGUUACGUUUAUUAAUGCAUUUUAUUGAUAUUUAUCCUGAAUUAGAAUAUAAAAUUAAUAAGACAAUAGAAGAUUUCAUAACAGGAUUAUCUUAUCGUAAUAAAAAGGUAGUACCUGAUAUGGGUGAAUUUCUUAUAAAAAUCGCCUUGUCGAAAAAAUAUACUUUCGAUGAUGUCAAAACAUGUGUCUAUGAAGAAUGUUUUGCUCGACAAAUCUAUUGGAUUCAACGAGAUACUGCUAUUCGAAAUUUAUUAGAUAUAAAAGUCGAAGAUUUGCCAACAAUAUUUCAAUCAAGAAAAGUAUCAUAUCAUCUAUGGGUAUUUAAUCAAGAAAUGGCUCAAACAUUUAUUUUUCCAGGUGCAAAAGAGUAA